AUGCAAUUCCUAUUACCUCUCUUGCUGUUGGGUGCUGCUGGCAUCCAAGCAUAUCAAUCGACCGAGCUUCCCACAUUUGUCAGGCGGGCUUCUAAGGGUGCAGAAUGUCCCAAAGUAUGGAGCAAGAUAUCCAAAGACUUGACGAAGUCAUUUGUCUCUGGAAAGGAAUGUACAGAUCUUGCCCGAGGCGCCAUUCGAUACGCCUUUCACGACGCCGCCACUUUCUCGACAAAGCUGCCAAAUGUUCCACCUGCUUCAGGUGGUGCUGAUGGAUCCCUGUUGCUCAAUGCUGGCGAGAUUGGCCGCAACGACAAUCGUGGUCUUCAGAAUUAUCACAGCUUCAUCACAGGCAAAUAUGCAGAGUAUAAGUCAGAAGGGGUCGGUGCAGCGGAUUUGAUCCAGUUCGCAGGGAACCAUGCAGUGGUCUCGUGCCCGGGUGGGCCAACCGUUAUGACCUUAAUCGGGAGGGAGGAUACAUCCACCGCAUCACCAGAAGGUCUCUUACCCGCAGGCUUCGGGAAGGGUGCGGAUCACGAUACCAUUUUCCAACUCUUCUCCGACAAAGGAUUCAGCGCGGUUGAUCUCGCUGCAUUGAUAGGCGCCCACACAGCAAGCAAAUCCCAAGCGCCCCAGGUACCCCCCGGCACGUCGCAAGACUCCACACCUGGUACUUGGGACGUCAAGUACUAUUCGGAAAUUUACAAGCCUCCUCCCGGCGUGGCCCGCUUCGAGGCCGAUAUCAACCUGAGCAGUCCCAACACCACCGUCGGAAAAGAGUUUCAGAACUUUAUCGACAACCAGGGCAAAUGGAACGGAAAUUUUGCAUCGGCUAUGUUCAGGCUCGGCUUGCUGGGCAUUUCACCAGAGACCUAUAACAACUUUGUCGACUGUACCAGUGCUCUGCCACGAACUACGCAAAAGCGGAAUGUCAUGGGCGCACCCAUUAAUUUUCGUUUUCGGUGA